AUGCAAACGCAGCCUCGGACGCAGCCUCCGCUCGCCUCGCUCCACCCCCACAGCCGCGAAAUUGCUCCGCGAAGGCAGGCCGCCACCGGUGUGGAGCACACCGCUGCCCGUCUUCCGCGCGCCAGCGGUGGGAUUCGCACUGGUGGAGGCCUGGUCUGCUAUCCGACGCCCGAGGCGGCCUGCAGCGCAAAGUGCCGAGCGGACGCGGACGGGCCCGAGCGCAAGCUGGCCAUCUUCGAGAUUGGGCCUGGACCUGUUCGACCCGGGCCGGACGGCGCGCUGCGGUGCCACUCGCUGGUGCCCGUGCGGUUCGACCCGGUGCCGGCGCGCUACGCGAGAGCAGCGCGCGCCCGCCCAGUCUGUGCCAGUGCCUAG